UCCGGGUGCCCCGCCCCCGACUCCCAGAGUCUCCGGAGAGCCAGCUAGGAGCCCGGGCCAGCGGCGGGCGCCUCCUUCAAUCCCAUCUUCCUACACUGUUGCUGCUCGCGGAGUGAGACACUCUAGCUUUUCUUCUUCUUCCGUGAGUCCCUCCUUUGAUCUCCCCAAAACCCGGCCUCUGCCGCAGCUCUCACGCCCUGAGAGUGCUGUGCGCGUGCGCGGGCGGGCGCGUGGCAUUCGGGCCCGCGCGUCACCCCCACCCCCUUUCCGCCCCUCCAUAACUCGGCUGGCAGAAAAGAGGCGCCCCGGGAACCGGGGCCGGAGCUCGGUGUUAGGAGCUAGAGUUGAGGAGGUUAGGAACUGGAAGUAGGAGCCUGCUAGAGCUGGCCCUUUCCCGCUCCCGCUCCCGCUCCAGCUCACACACCUCGCUCCCACCCCGGCCCGCUCCCUCGCUGUUCCUCCCAUUCGGGGUUUCGGCGCGGCGGGGGCGCCCAGGGGGUGCCCUCGCCCUCCUGUGCGGACGGGCGGCGGGCGGGAUGUGGCGCCUGGUGCCCCCGAAGCUAGGUCGCCUGUCCCGCUCGCUGAAGCUGGCGGCUCUGGGCAGCUUAUUGGUGCUGAUGGUGCUGCACUCGCCGUCGCUGCUCGCCUCCUGGCAGCGCAAUGAACUGACCGACCGGCGCUUCCUGCAGCUCAAUAAGUGCCCGGCGUGCUUCGGCACGAGCUGGUGCCGCCGCUUCCUCAACGGGCAAGUAGUGUUCGAGGCGUGGGGCCGCUUGCGCCUGCUGGACUUCCUCAACGUGAAGAACGUGUACUUCGCGCAGUAUGGCGAGCCCCGCGAGGGUGGCCGCCGCCGAGUGGUGCUCAAGCGCCUGGGCUCGCAGCGCGAGCUGGCGCAGCUCGACCAGAGCAUCUGCAAGCGGGCCACCGGCCGGCCUCGCUGCGACCUGCUGCAGGCCAUGCCGCGCACUGAGUUCGCGCGCCUGAACGGCGACGUGCGGCUGCUGACGCCCGAGGCUGUGGAGGGUUGGUCUGACCUGGUGCACUGCCCCUCACAGCGCCUGCUCGACCGCCUGGUGCGCCGCUAUGCGGAGACCAAAGACUCGGGCAGCUUCCUACUCCGCAACCUCAAGGACUCGGAGCGCAUGCAGUUGCUGCUGACCCUGGCCUUCAACCCCGAGCCCCUGGUGCUACAGAGUUUUCCAUCUGAUGAAGGUUGGCCAUUUGCAAAGUAUCUUGGAGCUUGUGGAAGAAUGGUGGCUGUAAAUUAUGUUGGAGAAGAACUGUGGAGCUACUUUAAUGCACCAUGGGAAAAACGAGUUGACUUGGCUUGGCAAUUAAUGGAAAUAGCAGAGCAGCUUACUAACAAUGACUUUGAAUUUGCACUCUACCUCCUGGACGUCAGCUUUGACAAUUUUGCAGUUGGUCCUAGAGAUGGGAAGGUAAUCAUUGUGGAUGCUGAAAAUGUUUUGGUUGCUGACAAAAGGUUAAUUAGACAAAAUAAACCUGAAAAUUGGGAUGUAUGGUAUGAAAGUAAAUUUGAUGAUUGUGAUAAGGAAGCUUGUUUAUCAUUCUCAAAAGAAAUUCUUUGUGCUCGUGCCACUGUGGACCACAAUUAUUAUGCUGUUUGUCAGAACCUCUUAUCCAGACAUGCCACCUGGCGUGGCACAUCUGGAGGACUCCUUCACGAUCCACCAAGUGAAAUUGCCAAAGAAGGCCGGCUAGAGGCCUUGCUGGAUGAGUGCGCCAACCCAAAGAAACGCUACGGCAGAUUCCAGGCUGCAAAAGAACUGCGUGAAUAUCUAGCACAAUUGAGUGACAAUGUGAGGUAGUCUAUGGUGAACUUUUUUUUUUUUCCCCUCCAUUUAAAUAGCACUGGCUAAUGCUAAACCACCAAAAACUAUCUAGAAAAAAGAAAACUUGGAAGUAAUACUUUCAAAGGAUGACAAACGUGCACUGAUACAUUUCAUGUUAACAUUCAUCAAAAUAAGACAUUACUUCAAAAAACAUAUGAUUCUUUUGCAGGUUUUUUUGUUCUUACACUUUGGAAAAUUGAGCUGUCCUUGACUGCUUUGCCCCCUUGAAUGCCUGAGUGCAUUAAUGAAUAUUGUUAAGCUAUUAGAAAUGAAUCUGAUAGUUACAUUGGUUUGUGUAUCAAAGGGUACUUGGUAUACUUGACUUAGUUUGCAUUAGUAUCAUGAUUUUGUGAAUCUCUUACAUUUACGUUGAAUGUCACAUUAGAUUGGCCUGUUUUAUAGGCUACUUUUUCCUUCCUAAUUUUUUUCCUAUUUUUAUGUUUUUCCUUCAGUCUUACACAUGCAGGUAACUGUAGAUAUUCAUUUAAAUUUGAACUACUUUUAAUUCAGUGCUAUGCAGUACAUGUUAACUGUUAGGGGAGGAUUUCUAGGUUUACUGUGUUUUUUCAGGAAGCUGAAUAUUUUAUUAUGUAAAUACUUUUCUUCCCACUUUCUGUGUUUUCAUCAUUGCAUGAGCUCAUUUAAGGUUAUUUAACAGUUAUCACUCUGUGUCAGUAAUUAGAAGUGUACACUAAACAUGAAGUUGGCAAAUGUUGCUAAAUGUCAUUUUGUCCUUUAAAAAGCUUUAAGAAGAGUGUGUUAGUAGUUUUCACCUUGAUGUUAAUUUUGACAGGAAAAUAUAACCCCAAUAUUUUUUAAAUGCUAACUAGUCUAAGAUAGUAAUGCAUAUGCCAAAGAAUUAUUAGAUCUAUUCCUAUGGUUUGAAUUUAAAAUUGGUCCUAUUUAUAAUAUGUUCUUAGUCAUUAUUAAAUUUAAAUAUCUAUGGUUAUUUUUUAUCUUGAAAAUUUAAGCUACUGCUUCCCAGCAUAGGCUACUUAAAGGUAUUCUAACUUUUAUUCAUCGGUAGUUUUGCAAAAAUUAACAUGGUGUGACCAUUUGAGUCUAAUCAGGCCUCAUGACUUUUAUUAAUGGAUGGACUAAUAAUACUGUAUCCAGUCUGCCCAACAUGGUCUUCAUUACUCAAUUAUUAAACAUAAAAAAUUAAGUAAGUGGAUAAAAAUUAACAAAUAUGUGAAAUUUUUGGGCUCUCUUAAAAAGUUAUAAUUGAUAUAUAAUGACUAUCAUUAACUGAUAUAUUUUUUUUGUUUGAAAUCAUUACUUUGUGUAUGGCAAAGUUUGGUGUAGGGUGCAGUAUUUAAUUUUAGUUCUAGUUCUAACUGACAUUAUUUAUUAAUUAGAAAGUGAUUAAAAUAUGCACAACCAAAGCCAGGUUUUUCUUCUGUUUUUCAUGCAUUUAGCAACUAUUUAUUGAGCCUCAGCUCUGUGCCAGGCAUAUUACUAGCUUCCACACAUUGUCUGAAUAUGACAUGGUUAAGUAACUUUAUAAUGAUGAUCAAAUAUUUUUAUGUAGGUAUUUCUUAAACUAGGAUGCUACUGCUUUCAUGUUAUUUUAUUAUUGUGAUGGAAAGUCUACUUGUACCAUCUAUAACUGGGUUGCUAUAAAAGAGCAGGAUGUUCUUAAUAAAGGUAAUUCUAGUUUAAUACUGGAAGAAGGGUAAGAUUUCUUCAUUGUAAAAUAGGUUGCAAUGUAUUAACUUUUACACAUCAGUACAUUACAUAUAUCGACUAGCCUUCAAACAUUCAGUGCUAGAAAUUUUACUAUGCUGACGUUUUACAACUUAGGAAAACUUUUGAGGGGAAUAGGUAAAAUUACUUGUCAGACAUUCAAGCCUUUCACUCAAAACUUCAAACAAAAUAAUACAUUUUCAAAACGGAGCACCUUUUAUAUUUGAUAAGUCUUCAUUACCAAUCUUAGAAUGCCAGUCACAGAAAGGUUGUCUUUCUGUGGCUUAGCAAACAUUUAUCUUACUUUUGGGAAGUGAUUGUGAUUGCAGAAUAGGAAGUGAGAAACAGCUGCCAGCAAUCAUAGUUGCAUAAGGGAGUUUUGUAAAACUGUAAUUUCUUGUAAAGUUACGUGGAAUUUUCUUCAGAAAGUUGAGAAGAUGGUAAAAGAGGAAUUUAACAGGGAAAAUUAUGUAUGUGAAAAGCAAUAAAUUUUUGUUCACUUUGCUAUCAAGAUAUUCACUAUCAGAUAUUUAUUAUAUAGCAGCAAUUUAUAUUUUUAAUCAUUGCCCAUUAAUAGAUGCAGUAAAAUAUUUUUGAAUCAGACAUUUGGGGUUUUUAUGUGCAUUAAAGUUGUCUUUUGUACUGUUUAAUUUGAAUAAUUUACCAGAAUUGUCUCCCCGUGCCUUUACAAUGUAAAGUUGUUUUUGCAACUUUAAUGCUCUUAAUAAAGAAUACUUUAAGAAUCA